UGAACUAUUGUUCUUAUGUUGACCAACAAUUCCUGUGGCUUGCUGAACACUACUGUUUGAGACCUUCAAGAACUUUAUUAUAUAAAGGAGUAUCUCACAUCCUUUGCCUAAAGAAAGCUGAAGCUCAGAAAUCAAGCCAAGUAGUAGUGUUCAAUUCAAGAAAGAAAAAACAUGGACAAGGUUGUUUAUAUUUAUGUCCUUUUGGGGCUAUUUGCAGCUUCAAUUUUCAGUUCAUGCAUUUGUGGGACUUCCACGAAGUUUGAGACACAUGGUGAUUGCAAUCUCUUUGGAAGUAUUGCGGAGAAAUCAGUGAGCAAUGCAAUAGAAACCAUCUACAUUGGCAUACUCGUUCUAGGAAUCAAGUCUAAAUUUUCUUUUAUUGGGAUAUGUUCACAAAUUAGUUACGCAAAAGGCCCAAUUGUUAGCUUAUUGGGCUUCAAUACAUCACCGACUCAAAAAAAAAAACAUUUUCGCUACAAGCUUCGCUCAUUUUCUCUCACCUGUUCCUCAGAGAGAGAUGGAAGAAGGCGAUGGGAAGGAAUCACCCACCAAUUCACAACAAACUGUCCAGUUUCUGAUGAUGAUGAGAUAGACUACACAACCAAACCAGAGUUCUAUGAUCCAGAUCUUGAUGAUAAGGAUGAAAAAUGGGUUCAAAAGAAAAGACAACAGUGUGGCUCUGAUGCUGUGCUUAGCUGCCCUGCUUGCUUCACCACUCUAUGCCUACAAUGUCAAAGGCAUGAAAAAUAUGUGACACGGUACAGAGCCGUAUUCGCUGUAAACUGCAAGAUUAAUGAUGAUAAUAUUUUGAUGGAAGAUACUCCUAGAUCAAGAAAAAGAAACAGAGGAGGGGCCGGAAGAUCGGAUGGGCAGGAAGCAACUUCUGCCAACAAUGAAACAUUCAAACAGGUUUGCUGCUCAGUUUGCUCAACGGAGGUAGGCGUGAUCGACGAAGAUGAGGUUUAUCAUUUCUUCAACGUUCUCCCAAGUGAAUCCUGACUGACUCAGAUUUAUGGUUAAAUACCGUCGGCCAAAUCAUGCUGCUGGUUGCUGAGUUUCACUUCCUUGCAAAAUUUCAACCAAAAACCAAUUGAUCUCGCUGUAUCUAUCUGUUUUUAGAUAUAAGAAAACAUCAUUUCUUCACUUUGAAUCUUUCGCCCUCAUAACCAGUGCCAGGUGGUGUAGUUAGUGGAGGAAUAUUAUGAUCUAUGAUGCUCAAUUCCUUGUGAAGGAGAUCUUCUUCCUUGAAAUAAAGCUUCCUUUCCAAUACCUUUGUGAA